AUGGACGACCCAGUCGCCGAAAUCCCCCACGUCAUCCACCUCCUCACCCAAUCACCGCCCUCGACCCAGCACAACGCCAUAGAAAGAUACUUUACGCCGAAUGCCUCGUUCACGCAUCCCUUUGUACGCACGGGGAGCUGGUCGCACUCGCGCGUCAUGAUAGCGGGUAUAUACCGAUGGUAUAAGAUUAUGAGUCCACGGAUUGAGAUUGGGGUGGACAGCGUUGCAACAACAAGCGACAGGAUACGAAGAACUAGGACAAUCAAACGAAUAACAAUGAUAAUCAAAGUCUAG